CGGUCUAUCCCACUAUCCGGACUAUUUACAUGUCGCUUUCAGGCGACAAUUCUCACACAAUCUGACGCUUUGUGCUUUGACCUUCACCUCUGGUAGAUGCAGGUCUCUACAUUUGUUUACUGGUGUAGUUUAUUGUUCUCAGAGAUUGAGAAUCUCUGAUUGCAUUUGAUCUAUUAAGCUCACAACAUGGCCGGCUUCCGGCCAUUGUCCACCCGUUGGACCCUGUUAUUCUCAUUGGUAAUCCUCCUUGGAUGCCUGGUCAUUCCAGGAGUCACCGUGAAACACGAGAGUUUCAAGACAUGCUCGCAAUCAGGGUUCUGUAAGCGGAACCGAGCGUUCGCCGACGAGGUCACCGCUAAGGGCUCAUCGUGGUCCUCCCCUUACGAACUCGAAUCUUCCUCCAUCCAGUUCAAAGAUGGACAACUUCACGGUACCGUCCUCAAAACUCUGUCCGCCAACGAGAAGAUCCGCUUGCCCCUCGUUAUCUCCUUCCUCGAGUCAGGCGUCGCCCGAGUCACCGUCGACGAAGAGAAGCGCAUGAAGGGCGAGAUUGAGCUUCGUCACAACAGUCAGGCACGCAAGGAACGAUACAACGAGGUAGAGAAAUGGGCUCUGGUGGGUAACUUGGAAUUGAGCAAGACCGCCACUCUAGAACCCGAAACGGAAGCUGGAGCGACGCGGGUCUUGUAUGGCCCGGACAACAAGUUCGAAGCUAUCAUCCACCACGCACCGUUUAGGGCGGAAUUUAAGCGUGACGGAGAGACUCAUGUGCAACUCAAUCACCAGGGAUACCUGAACUGGGAGCAUUGGCGGCCUAAGACGGAGACGGCAGAGGACAGCGACCAGCAGCCUUCGGAAGACGAGAGCACCUGGUGGGACGAGAGCUUUGGAGGCAACACCGACUCGAAGCCCAGGGGACCUGAAAGCGUGGGAUUGGACAUUACCUUCCCUGGCUACAGCCAUGUUUUCGGUAUCCCUGAACACGCCGACUCGAUGUCGUUGAAGCAAACUCGCGGCGGCGAUGGCAACCAUGCGGAGCCUUACCGCAUGUACAACUCCGACGUGUUUGAGUAUGAGCUCAACAGCCCAAUGACCCUGUAUGGUUCCAUUCCUUUCAUGCAGGCUCAUCGCAAGGAUUCCACCGUCGGCGUCUUCUGGCUCAAUGCCGCAGAGACCUGGGUAGACAUUGUCAAGUCCACGUCUUCGCCCAACCCUCUUUCCCUUGGUGUGGGCGCCAAGACAGACACCCAAAGUCACUGGUUCUCUGAGUCCGGUCAGAUCGACGUUUUCGUUUUCCUGGGCCCUACACCACAGGACAUCAGCAAGACGUAUGGUGAACUGACGGGUUUCACUCAACUGCCCCAACACUUCGCCAUCGCCUAUCACCAGUGCCGCUGGAACUACAUCACUGACGAGGAUGUCAAGGAGGUUGACCGCAACUUUGACAAGUACCAGAUCCCAUAUGAUAUUAUCUGGCUGGAUCUCGAGUACACGGAUGACAGGAAGUAUUUUACCUGGGAUCCGCUCACUUUCCCUGAUCCUAUCAGUAUGGAAAAGCAGCUUGAUGCGUCCGAGCGUAAGCUCGUGGUUUUGAUCGAUCCUCACAUCAAGAACAAGGAAGGAUUCACCGUCUCGGAAGAGCUUAAGAGCAAAGACUUGGCCACGAAGAACAAAGAUGGUGAGAUCUAUGAUGGUUGGUGUUGGCCUGGCUCGUCUAACUGGAUUGACACCUUCAAUCCGGCGGCCAUCAAGUGGUGGGUCAGCUUGUUCAAGUAUGACAGAUUUAAGGGCACCCUGUCGAAUGUCUUCAUCUGGAACGAUAUGAACGAGCCCUCCGUUUUCAACGGUCCCGAAACCACUAUGCCCAAGGACAACAUUCAUCAUGGUAACUGGGAGCACCGUGACAUUCACAAUGUCCAUGGCAUCACGCUGGUCAAUGCCACCUACGAAGCGCUGUUGGAGCGCAAGAAGGGCGAGGUCCGCCGGCCCUUCAUCCUGACCCGCUCUUACUAUGCCGGUGCUCAGCGAAUGUCAGCCAUGUGGACGGGCGACAACCAGGCCACGUGGGAGCACUUGGCUGCCUCCUUACCUAUGGUGUUGAACAAUGGCAUUGCUGGUUUCCCAUUUGCCGGUGCUGAUGUUGGCGGCUUUUUCCAAAACCCAAGCAAGGAACUCCUGACCAGAUGGUACCAGACUGGCAUCUGGUAUCCGUUCUUCCGCGCGCACGCUCACAUUGACACCCGCAGACGUGAGCCGUACUUGAUCGCCGAGCCCUUCCGCUCCACCAUUGCGCAAGCCAUUCGCUUGAGGUAUCAGCUCUUGCCGGCCUGGUACACCGCCUUCCACGAAGCUUCAGUGAACGGCAUGCCGAUUGUGCGGCCCCAAUACUAUGUUCACCCCGCCGAUGAAGCAGGCUUUGCCAUUGAUGAUCAGCUCUACCUCGGCAACACGGGUCUUCUCGCCAAGCCGGUCGUGUCUGAGGAUGUCACCAGUGUUGACAUUUACCUCGCUGACGACGAGAAGUACUAUGAUUACUUCGACUACACUGUCUACCAUGGAGCGGGCAAGCGGCAUACUGUGCCCGCUCCUAUGGAGAAGAUACCUCUGUUGAUGCAGGGCGGUCAUGUUAUUCCCCGGAAGGAUCGCCCACGCCGCAGCAGCGGGCUUAUGCGGUGGGAUCCCUACACUCUUGUUAUCGUCUUGGAUAAGAACGGCCAAGCCGAUGGUACUCUCUACGUUGAUGAUGGUGAGACCUUUGAUUACGAACGUGGUGCCUACAUCCACCGCCGCUUCGCCUACCGUGAUUCUGCCCUGUCGUCCGAGGAUCUGGGUAUCAAGGGACCCAAGACGAACGACUAUCUGAAGGCCAUGGCUGGCGUGCGCGUGGAACGGGUGAUUGUUGUUGACCCUCCCAAGGAUUGGCAGAGCAAGACCAGCGUGACGGUGAUUGAGGAAAAUGCCAAAGCUGCCACCACUGCCUCUAUGGAGUAUCACAGCCAGCAGGAUGGCAAGGCUUCCUAUGCGGUGGUCAAGAACCCCGAGGUUGCCAUUGGCAACUCGUGGCGGAUUGAGUUUUGAUCUUGGGUACUGUGAAUGUGUGAGCCAUGAUAGCAUAUGGAACUCCAUUUCUAAUUCCGAC